GUUUAGAAAAGCCUCUUGACCAAAGGCUGUCCCAGACAGAAAGUCACCCAGCAGGCUCAGGAGAGCUGGAAGUAAGAAGACAGAUGCUGUGUUGAAAACCAGCCCACUACUCUGUUUGACUUGCUCAGGGAAGGAAACCAUCUAUCUCCAGAAAUGUCUUCAGAAAAUAACGAGCAACAUGACCUCUCACUGAGGGACUUACCUGAAGAAUCCUACAAUCUUCCAUCUGAGGUCCCCCUGGAGGCUCAAAGGAAGUCAAGCACUGAUUUUAAGCAGCUUGAGACCAAUGAUGGAUGCAGACCUUAUCGUAGGAUCCACAUGGAACCUCAUGAGAAACCAGAUAUUAACAUCAAACAGUUUGUCAUCAGAAAGCUGCAGAAGAAUUGCCAGUGUAGCUCAACCAAAGUCAGAAAUAUGAUUUUUGAUUUCCUUCCUGUUUUGCGGUGGCUCCCAAAAUAUGAUCUGAAGAAAAAUAUUUUAGGUGAUGUGAUGUCUGGCCUAAUUGUGGGCAUACUACUGGUGCCCCAGUCUAUUGCUUACUCCCUAUUGGCUGGUCAAGAACCUGUCUAUGGUCUGUAUACAUCGUUUUUUGCCAGCAUCAUUUAUUUCCUAUUUGGUACCUCCCGCCACAUCUCUGUGGGUAUUUUUGGAAUACUGUGCCUUAUGAUUGGUGAGGUAGUUGACCGAGAACUACAUAAAGCCUGCCCUGACAUUGCUGUUGCAUCGUCUUCAUUAGCCAUGGCUUCAAAUGGAUGUGUGGUAGUAAACCAUACAUUAGAUGGACUUUGUGACCGAAGUUGUUAUGCAAUUAAAAUUGGCAGCACUGUGACAUUCUUGGCUGGAGUUUAUCAGGUAGCAAUGGGCUUCUUUCAAGUGGGUUUUGUCUCUGUCUACCUCUCAGACGCCUUGCUGAGUGGGUUUGUCACUGGUGCCUCCUUCACCAUUCUCACAUCUCAGGCCAAGUACCUCCUUGGGCUGAGCCUUCCUCGAAGUAAUGGUGUAGGCUCAGUCAUCACUACCUGGAUCCACAUCUUCAGAAACAUCCAUAAGACCAAUGUCUGUGAUCUUAUCACCAGCCUUUUGUGUUUCUUGGUCCUUCUGCCAACCAAAGAACUCAAUGAACACUUCAAGUCCCGGCUCAAGGCACCAAUUCCAAUCGAACUCAUUGUCGUUGUGGCAGCCACAUUAGCGUCUCAUUUUGGAAAACUAAAUGAGAAUUACAAUUCCAGUAUUGCUGGGAAAAUUCCCACUGGGUUUAUGCCACCUAAAGCGCCUGACUGGAGCCUAGUUCCUAAUGUGGCUGUAGAUGCAAUAGCUAUUUCUAUCAUUGGUUUUGCUAUCACUGUAUCACUUUCUGAGAUGUUUGCCAAGAAACAUGGCUACACAGUCAAAGCAAAUCAAGAAAUGUAUGCCAUUGGCUUUUGCAAUAUCAUACCUUCCUUCUUCCACUGCAUAACUACUAGUGCAGCUCUUGCAAAGACACUGGUUAAAGAGUCAACAGGCUGCCAGACCCAGCUGUCGGCUAUAGUGACAGCCCUUGUUCUUCUUUUGGUUCUUCUGGUAAUAGCUCCUUUAUUCUAUUCCCUUCAGAAAUGUGUCCUUGCUGUGAUCACUAUUGUAAACCUCCGGGGUGCCCUUCUUAAGUUUAGGGACCUCCCGAAGAUGUGGAGGCUCAGCAGAAUGGACACAGUGAUCUGGGUCGUCACUAUGCUGUCCUCUGCUCUGCUAAGCACUGAAAUCGGCCUGCUUGUUGGGGUUUGUUUCUCUAUGUUUUGUGUGAUCCUCCGUACUCAGAAGCCAAAGUUUUCACUGCUUGGUGUGGAAGAAGAGUCUGAAACCUUUGAAUCAAUUUCCGCCUACAAGAACCUUCAGACUCAGCCAGGCAUCAAGGUUUUCCGCUUUAUAGCCCCUCUCUACUACAUAAACAAAGAAUGCUUUAAGUCAGCUUUGUACAAAAAAACUCUAAACCCAGUCUUGGUAAAGGCAGCUUGGAAGAAGGCAGCAAAGAGGAGACUCAAAGAGGAAACAGUGACUUUCAGUGGGAUCCCCGAUGAUGUUUCAGUGCAGCUUUCCCAUGAUCCCUUGGAGCUGCACACUGUUGUGAUUGACUGCAGUGCAAUAGAGUUUUUAGAUACAGCAGGGAUCAACACACUGAAAGAAGUUCGCCGGGAUUAUGAAGCUGUUGGUAUUCAAGUUUUAUUGGCUCAAUGCAAUCCUUCUGUGAAGGAUUCCUUGACCAGAGGAGAAUACUGCAAAAAGGAAGAAGAAAAUCUUCUCUUCUACAGUUUGUCUGAAGCAGUGGCUUUUGCAGUGGACUCUCAGAAGCAGAAAGGAGUGUGUGUUCUCAAUGGUCUGAGUCUUUCUGGUGACUGAGAAAGGUAAUAAAAGGAAGAAGAGUAUCUUGCCAGUUUCAGUGUGCAACAUUUUCUACUGUGAAAAGAGAUAGUGGUGCACACUUGAAAUAGUUCUCCUUUGAAGCUAAUAACUUUUUUAGAUUCUCACCUGCAGUAAAAUAAUUGGGUGGAAUCAAAAAGAAAAUGUUGUGGCUUCAGGCUUUCAUGGAGGUAAGCAUUUUGGGGGUACAAUAAACAACUGUAAAGCAGACCCCAAACUUAACCACCUUACCUUAGAGACUGUACAUCUGAACUGUCCUCCAGCAGGCAGAGGUAAAGUUGGAGUUUGGUUUACACACAAUGGAGCCUUUGCUUGGCUCUGGUAGUCGAGAAGCAUGAAGCAUGAGGGCCUAGCAAGACAUUUCUGUCCCUAUUGGUGUUUUUCUUUUUUCUUUUUCUUUUUUUUUUUUUCUAUUGGUGUUUCUGCCCAGACAGCAGCAAGAUCACUGGCUGAUUGCUGGAAGUCACAUCUUUCUUCUUCUUCAUUCAGGAACUAUGGCAUAGUCUCAUAAGAGAAUCUGACCCUCACAGCUAGCCUGAUAUUGUACAGAACCCUCACUGUAGACAUCAGAUGUAUCAGGCAUGCCUUUUUAUAGGACAGGCAGGUAAAAAGCGACUUCAAAAUCAGAAUGGCAGUGGAAGUCUUUGUCUUUGCUUCACCUCCAUCGUUAUUUCUGAGAAUUUGUCUACUGUUAAGCUCCUUUUCACCACUGACUUAUUCUGGUGCUUUUCCCUGAAAUCUGUCUUAAGUUGGCGUUUUUGAACAUCAGUGGCAGUAGUGUCAGGGAAAGCAUAAUAUUGAUUCGGCAGCUUCUCACAGCACUGUAAAUGGGCUUGUGGUGCACAUUCAAGAAGAUAUUGCAAAAAAAUAAAAUAAAAAAAGAAUAAAUGAGUUCCCCUUUUAAAAUGCCACCACUAUGACCAACCUACCACAGUAGUUUUUUAGCAAGGAUUUGUUGGGGCUUGGUAGUCUUUCUUAAAUAGAAGUGGCUGUUUGUAGAAGACUAGGGGUGAUAGAGUGCUUCCAAAAGGACAUCCAUAAUUAUUUUGCAAUGGUUGUGAGAACAGUGUUGAUGCUUAAGUAAACAUCAACAAGUAUUGCCACACACCCUGUUGUUAUACAAUAGAUACUGAUACCAGUGGCCAGUUUUAACUUGUAUGCAGGAGGUCUUGGGACUUUCAUAGAGCCCUAGCUUUACUGGGGGCCAUAGGCUAUGAAUUGAGUAGUUUCUUCAGAAAAAGACUCUUCCAAAUAAGGAUACAGGACUAACUUUCAUGAGAUUAAAAUAUUUGGCCAAGUCAUUAAAGUAACAAUUUCUAAAAUAUAAAAUCAUUUUUUAGCCUGUUCUUAUGUGCCAAACAAUUUUAAAUAUUUAUGGGAAGCAAACUCUAUGCAAUGAACCUAAUGAAGUAGAAUGCUUUUAAAGAUUUUACACACACACACACACACACACACACACUCCAAAAACUGCCCCUGUUGUUUUUCUAUUGAAGGAAUACCUUUCAAUGAUCAUAAUGAAAGUUUCAGAGUAAGCUGGGUGCUGUGGCACAUGCCUUAAUCCCAGCACUCAGGGAGGUAGAGGCAGGUAGGUCUCUGUGAGUUCGAGGCCAGCCUGCUUUACAAAGUGAGUCCAGGCCAGCCAAGGCUACACAGAGAAACCAUGUCUUGAAAAACAAAACAAAAGUUUUAGUUGAAAAUGUGGAUUUCUGGUUGUUACAUUGAUAAAAUCCACAUUGCUGAGGAUUUUGACAUCCCUCGUGAACUCCGUCUUAGAAUUUCAGAAAUGCUAACUGCUGCUUGCUUGUUCUUUUCUCUCUCUAGCUUUAUGAGUAAGUGUAAAAUCACUCUGUUCUAGUCAAUUUUUAAAAUCCCUCUUGUCCUUUCCUCAAGCCGUGUUGGAAUUAAGACUGUUACAAGUGUUUAAUACUUAGUGACAAACCAGCAGGUACGUGUUUAGCAGUGGCUGGAGAGACGCUCAGGAGUCAGAAGUACUUGCUGUUCUUGGAGCCAAGUUCAGUUCCCAGCACCCACAUUAGGCAGCUCACAACAACCUGUAACUGUAGCUCCAAGGGAUCUGACCUUCUCCGGACUCCUGUGGGAGACACACAAGCACAUGCAUGCACAUUUUUUUAAAGCACAUGAUUAAGAUAACUCUAUAGUCUAUUCAACACCAGCAUAGAAAAAGAAUUUUAGUUCAGUAUUUAGAAAUUGUUUGCCCUUUGCUGACAUGUAAGUUCACAGUGUGGCUCUAAUCGGUUCUGGAGUUUUACACAUGCAUUAGCAAAUUCUCGAGUUAUGUUGUGGUUUGUGUUUGUCAGGACCCUGCUGUUAACAGCCAUUUAAAAGAACACGAUUGCACUAGAAUCUGUUGCCUCUGCCUGAUUUGGGUUGACACCUUCCCCACAUCAAACAUUAAAAUUGAUUUUGAUUGUUGAUAUUUGAAGGAAUCAAAUCUAGAACCAAAGACUAAUUUACCAUCACAACUGAAAACAACAACAAACGCUAUUUUCACUUGCUUUUUAAUGCUUUGUACAUGUUCAGAAAAGUUAUCUUGCUCACUCUGAACAUGUAAAAUAUUUUCUGACUGUUUACAGAGAUGUAGAACCCUAAAUGUUGUUAAAUGGCUAUCAUUUAAUUGAAAUACACAGUGGACAUGUCUCUAUUUUAUGACAAGGCCUUAUGUAGCACAGGCUGGCUUCAAGCAUGUUAAGUAGCAGAGAAUGACUGUGAGCUAUUGGUCUUCCUGCCUCCACCUCCAUGUGCUAGGGUAACAGGUGGGUAAAGAUGCAGUGUGCUAGUGUGUAUGCAGACCUGCUAUACAAAGAACAGCUCUAAGAGUAAAAAGGUAGAUCACUGAAAACUCUUAUCUGACCAGAAAGAAACAGACGUGGCUAGACAGGGCCCCUGUCCAGGCAAACCCUAGAGUAGUCAGGAUUCAGAAGCACACCUCUAAGAGCAAAGUCAGAAAUAGGCUCUGUUUCUAAAAGGGGAGAAUCCCAGUUUCACCAAAGCUCCAAAGAGCUAAGAAUCACAAUUCUCAGGUUGUAGCCAAAGUGUGGCUACAAGUCUGGGUGGGCCUACUCAGGAAUGCUGUUCUUCUCUGUGAGCCGCAGUGCCUUCUGCAUCUCAGACAGGGUAAGACUGACAGGUGCCUAGUUAAUUUUAAGCAGGGUCAGUGGAAGAGGUACGAUGGAUACAAAGUUUCCAGCACAGCUAAUAGCGGAGACUGCAUGGAGGUGAUAGAUGAGUUCAUUAGACUAAUGCUCCGGGCUACAUUCUAGCCAAAACAGUGAUCCUUUGUGGAGGUGUUCCUGAUAGUUGAGCAUUUAAGAACACAUUGCCAGGAUUAAUCCCAGUGUGCAACAUACAAAAAGGAGUGCAGCCGACUUGGGGAUUGCCCUCAAGUCACUUCAUGGUCAAGUCUCUUCAUUUACAGUGAUGGUUUCCAGCUCUGUAGACUCCAUUUUUUCUUGUAGGUACUGACAGAGGUGAGCUGAAGGCACUCUGCAUGGAAAUAAAUGCUUCUUAAGAUAUCCCCAAAUGUCUGGGAAUCAGUGUCCCAGAGGGGACUUAGAAAUGCUUUGUGGAGAGUAUUUGAGCUGACAUCUGACUGAGGCUUCAGCUGGAGGCAGUGCCACUCUGGUAUAUCAGGCAAGAUUGAUCAUACAGAAAAGUGGAAUUCUCCAAUUGAUAAGAGUUAAAUUUUUGCCUCAAUUGUUGUUCUUUUGUGUUCUUCCUCUGGAAACUUUUCUUAAUUCUAGUGAUGCUUUAAAUUGAACUUGGACUUUGAAUUAGGUUGUGGGAAGAGUGAAUGCUACUUAGAAAGCUGUUAGAUUCACAGUGGGCUUGAUGAUUUGUGCGGCACUUGGAGGCCAGAAUAAGAGGAUUGAGUUUUGAGGUCGAUCUGAGAUAAUUGGUGAGACAUUGCCAAAGGAAGGAAAAAGAAACCUAGCUAGCUAUUGGAGACCCAUUUGUCCUCCAACUCUUUUUUUGUAUAAAGAUUUUAGAUAAUCAUGGAUCAUAGUAAAUUUGGGUGCUACAUUUAAGCCUGAAAAUUAUAAUGGAACAGGACAAAACAGUACACCAGCUGACUUGUUAUGGACUAUAUCAUAAAGUAAAAUACAACUGAAUUACUCUUUUAAAUAGUAACUUAGAAAUGGAGGCUUUAGAUGUAGAAAGGGGCAUUUUUAAUAAGGUAAUUUUUAUAAUGUUAAGAAUUAUUUUUUAACAAAAGUAUUUUGUAACUGAAAUUUUAAAAUAAACCUGUUAAAUACAAUUAGAAAUUCAAAUAAACAUUUCAUUCGAUUUUUGAUUAUGUAUUUUCACCUUAUGAUUUAGUUUAAAAUAAGAAUGUGCUGAAGGGUGCAGACUGGAAAAUGAGGGCAUCAGAUCUUUUUAUUGGAGACACUGUAGUCUAAGACUGUCAUAGCUGCUAGGUUAGGAAUCUGAAACUUGUAUAAAUUUAUUCUGGGGACGAUCCUGCAUUUUGUACCUCAUCCCUAGCAAGAAACACAGAACCAAAUAGAUGUUUCCUCCCCUUUAAUGCAAAUCAUUUAGGAAACUGGGCUCUGAGUCCCGAUGCUUCUAUUUCUUAGCAGUGUGAGUCUACCCACAUAGCCUGGUUUUUCUCCUUUGUAGCACUGUGUGCAAAUGCAGACAAUAUGGAGACAGGUAAAUGUUCUAGAAUUCUCAGUCCUUACCAAAAGUGUUUCACUGUCACUGCCCUUUACAAGGGCUGAUUAUUAUUAAUGAUGUAUUUUAUAAUAGGCUUUUUAAUUCAAGUAAGUGCCUCAAUGCUGAUCCUCAUAAGUCAGUGUUCAGCCAUUCUUCAGACAAGGAUGAGGUGUUUCCUGUUGUGGAGAGGGAGUUGUUAAUCAUUUCCUUCUGGAAGAUUAUUGUUUGUAUCGCUUAUUUUGUAAGGUCCUCUUUGUGUAAAGAACUAAGUGUGCCAUUUCUUUUGUUAAUAAAUUGUUACUGUAAUGAAA